UGGAGCUGCCGAGUUGUCAGAUCUACGGCAGGCAGGGAGGUGAGCAGGGCGAGAGCGAGAGGGAUAAGAACGCAGGAGGUGAGGAAGAUUUGAGGCAGACGCCAUGGCCUUUAGCACCACCAGCACCAGCUCCUACAGGAGAACUUUCGGGGGUAGUGUCCUGGGCUCUCCCCAUCUCUCCAGGGCUUCCUACGCCAGUGGGAGACUGGGCGGAGGGGCAUCUAACCUCUCCUCCAGCGUUCACAUUUCCAAACCCACCGUGCUGCCCUCUUACUCCAGCUACCGGCUCAAGGCGCCGUCCCGGGGCUACGAGGUGGUGGACUUCAGUCUGGCCGAUGCCCUGAACCAGGAGUUUGUCCAGACGCGCACCAACGAGAAGGCCGAGAUGCAGCACCUGAACGACCGCUUUGCCAGCUACAUCGAGAAGGUGCGCUUCCUGGAGCAGCAAAACAAGGUGCUGGUGGGCGAGGUGAACAGGCUGAAGGGCCAGGAACCCGGCAGGAUCAACGAUCUCUACGAGCAGGAGAUGAGGGAGCUCCGGCGCCAGAUAGACGCACUGACCAAUGAGAAGGUCCGAGUGGAGGUGGAGAGGGACAACCUGGCUGAUGACCUGCAGAAGCUCAAACAGAGGUUACAAGAUGAAAUCCAACUGAAGGAGGAAGCUGAAAAUAAUCUUGCUGCUUUCCGACAUGACGUCGAUGCAGCCACCCUCGCUCGCCUGGAUCUCGAGCGAAGGAUUGAGGCCCUCCAGGAGGAGAUCGCAUUCCUCAAGAAAGUCCAUGAGGAGGAACUGCGGGAGCUGCAGGCUCAGCUCCAGGAACAGCACGUCCAGGUUGAAAUGGAUCUGUCGAAACCUGACCUCACCGCUGCCCUGCGUGAUAUCAGGGCACAGUACGAGUCCAUCUCAGCCAAGAAUGUCACGGAGGCGGAAGAGUGGUACAAGUCAAAGGUCAUGGAUUUGAAUCAGAGUGCAGCCAAAAACAAUGAUGCCUUGCGACAGGCCAAGCAGGAAAUGAUGGAGUACCGUCACCAGAUUCAGAGCUAUACCUGCGAGAUUGAUGCUCUCAAAGGAACCAACGAGUCCCUGAUGCGGCAGAUGCGGGAGAUGGAGGAGAGGUUUGCUGGGGAGGCAGCCGGUUACACCGACAGCAUCGCCCGCUUGGAGGACGAGAUCCGCCAUCUGAAGGACGAGAUGGCGCGACAUCUGCGGGAAUAUCAGGAGCUGCUCAACGUCAAGAUGGCCUUGGACGUGGAGAUCGCCACCUACAGGAAGCUGCUGGAAGGUGAAGAGAGCAGGUAUGUCCCCCUCCCGUCUUCACCCCAUAGAAUCGAAUCCCCACAGUGUGGAAACAGGCCAUUUGGCCCAGCAAGUCCACACCGACCCUCCGAAGAGUAACCCACCCAG